UGAUUCCAAACCCUCUCAUUUUGAAAGGGCGCACGAUCAAUGCCCCAUAUUUAAUAUCUACAACUGAACACUCUUCUUUUCCUGCUCUAACUCUUGUUAUUGCAAAAAAAACUAUUGUUAUUGCAGGUAUGUGCACGUAAGUGCCUCAAACAAUUUUCUAAAGCACAAAUUCUGUUAGAAAGCAUUGAAGAGGCGUGGCCCGUGGAGUGAACCUGCAUGCCGCUCUGUUCAAUUUAAGAAGGUUGUUUUCCUUCAUUUCAUUCUUCCCACACCAACAAAAACAAUGUCUUCCUUCAACCGCUUCCAUUUUUUCAUUAUCAUUUUGCAAGUCUUUGCUACAAUUCCCAUUCUCUCAUUAGCAGAUUCCAGCUCCCUCACCCCAAAUCAGCUCUUCACCAACUUCCUUGACACUGCCAAGAACCCUGAGCUUUUUGAUUGGAUGGUCACAAUCAGAAGGAAGAUACAUCAGUUUCCGGAGUUGGGCUAUGAAGAAUUUCAGACCAGUGAAGUGAUAAGAACAGAAUUGGAUAAGUUGGGGAUCCCCUAUAAACACCCUGUUGCAGUCACCGGUGUUAUUGGCUUCAUAGGGACUGGAAAUUCGCCUUUCGUCGCCUUAAGAGCUGAUAUGGAUGCUCUACGCAUGCCGGAAUUGGUUGAUUGGGAGUACAAGAGUCAAGUACCUGGAAAGAUGCACGCAUGUGGUCAUGACGCUCAUAUGACCAUGCUUCUUGGUGCUGCAAAUAUGCUGAAACAGCGCGAACAAGAGAUAAAUGGAACCAUUGUGCUUGUUUUCCAACCAGCAGAGGAAGGAGGUGCAGGGGCUAAGAAAAUUGUUGAAUCUGGAGCCUUGGAAAAUGUAUCUGCUAUCUUUGGAUUGCAUGUGCUACCAACGCUUCCAGUUGGUGAAGUGGCUUCUAGAUCUGGUCCUUUAAUGGCAGGGUCUGGUCGCUUUGAAGCAAUUAUCAAUGGAAAGGGAGGUCAUGCAGCUCUUCCUCAUACUGCUAUUGACCCGAUUUUGGCUGCUUCUAAUGUAGUUAUUAGCUUACAAUACCUAGUUUCCCGCGAGGCUGAUCCUUUGGAACCCCAGGUUGUGACAGUUGCAAAGUUUGAAGGAGGUGGCACAUUCAAUGUUAUUCCAGAUUAUGUCAAAAUUGGAGGAACCUUCAGAGCUUUUUCCACAAAAAGCUUGGAGUACCUGAAACAGCGCAUUGAACAGGUUAUCAUUGCACAAGCUGCAGUGCAGAGAUGCAAUGCAACUGUGAGCUUCUUUGAGGAAGUGAGUCCUUCAUAUCCUCCCACUAUUAAUGAUGGUGACUUGCACGAAAAGUUUCGCGAUGUUGCAGAGAGUUUGCUUGGCGCUGAUAAAGUUCACCUCAACCUUCCACCAGUCACUGCUGCUGAAGACUUUUCAUUCUAUCAAAAGGUCAUACCUGGCUACUUCUUUUUACUUGGAAUGCAUGAUAAUGCCUCAAAUGAUAUCAGGGCUCAUUCGGUGCACUCACCUUAUCUCAAGAUCAAUGAAGAAGGACUUCCUUAUGGAGCUGCACUUCAUGCAUCAUUAGCUAUCAAUUAUCUUCAAACAUAUCAGCAAGAGAGACCCAUCGCUAGAGAUGGAAGUAGGUCAAGCUGUCAACAAGGGAUUAUGGCCUAGCCUACAUCAGGCUCUGGACCAGGCCAAGCCAAAUUAAUAAAUAGACAAUGCCAAAGCUUUUUCAAAAGUCUAUUUAGUUAAAAAGGCUAGGUUUAGACCAUGUAAAGUGUCUUUUGAAGCUAAUAGUCUGAUCUAUUUAAAUAAAUAUAAUUAUGAGUUUAUUUUACUAUUAUUUUUGCUAAAUCAUAUUUUUAUUAUAAUGUUUUAAGAUUAUACUUAUUGACUUAUUUAUAGAUUUAAGUAUGUCAUUUUGUAUAACGAUUUCAACUUAUAAAUCUACUUAAAAAUGGAUUUAACCUAUUUAAAUGUCCCAUUAUAGAAGCUUUCAGGUCUUAAGAAAUCCAACAUAUAAUAGGCUAAUUAGAUGACAGACUUUCAAAAAUGUCAGGCUAAGCCUAAAAAAGCCCUAUGACAAGUAACAUGCAGUCUCAAACCUUGAACCUCUUAAACAUACAAGAUCUAUUUAUGUAAAGUUCAGCCCAACUCGACAUAUUGCCACACCCCUAUCUGCGGCGGUAGUGAAAUAUCGUGAUGAAUUAUAACUGUUAUUAACAAUUACAAGCUUCCAGCCUGCCCUCAAGUUAGAAUUUCCACUUGUAAGAGUAUGAUAAUCUCUAUCUCUUGCUGUAAUCUUAACUUUCUUCAUGGGAAUAAAUAUCUUCCCUUUCUCUGUAUUUUAGACAAAUUUCUAAUGCUCACAAGCUUUUAACAUGCAUGGAUAGUUGAAGCUACAAACAACAGGAAACAAGCCAAUAAUUAUGGGUAUGCUUCAUAACUCAGGCCUCGGCAUCCUAGUUGCAAGGGAAACCAAGUAACAGAGAUGGAAACUAACAAUUGAAAGAACUCCAACUCCGCAAACUAGAUGCCUCAUAAUAAUAUAAAGGAGACUCUAGUAUAAAGAGAAAGUAUAUCUCUUAGUCUCUACUCAAAUUAGGAAAUAUAUGUUAUAUGUAAUUAAGAAACUCUGUAAUCAGCAUUAUAUUAGCAAAUUAGGAAUAUGGUAACUUAGAUUGAUUUCCAUAUAUUCUUAUCCUUGGUUCCAAACAACAAAUUAUCAAUAUAAUUUUACUGCUUU